AUGAAGCAAACGGUGUUGAUCGGGGUGUCCAUGGAUGGCCGGCACAACUACAAGUGCCUUUUUUGCUGCAGGCUGGAUGGACAGAAAGUCCGGACCAAAGCCUUGAAGAUUGCAGUUAGCGUUAAAGGGGUGGAAUCAGCAUCUUUAAAAGGGGAUGAAAAGGACCAAAUAGAAGUAAAAGGGGAUAUGAUUGAUACAGUGGAACUUACAUCGUUACUCAGGAAGAAAGUGGGACCUGCACACAUAAUUACUGUGCAGGUAGAGAGGAAAGAAGAAGGGAAGAAAGAAGAUAAGAAAGAAGAGAAGAAAGAAGAUAAGAAAGAAGAGAAGAAGGGGCCCGAGUGCAUUGCGUGGCUUUAUGGUGGUGGCGGUGGCGGCGUUCCUUACUGCUACUCCUAUCCAAUCUAUGAGGUCAGGGAUUGCCAUGAGAGCUACAACCCUUGCUCCAUCAUGUAACGUCGGUUCGUUUAUCAGUAGAUCUAGACAGCAGUUGAGUAAUUUCAACAUGAGUUUUUGUUUCUCUCUUUUCAACUGCUUUCCCAGGGUGAGCAUGCAGAUCUGGAAUUGAAUCAUCGCUUG